AUCCUCAGUGGGUUGAUCCUCUAUUCUGAUCGCUAAUUGCGAUUUUUUUUUUAAAUUUAUAUACUUUAUAUGCUUGUUUCGAUGAUUAGUGAUCGGUUCUUAUGCUAGUGCUUAGGAGGAUCGUUUUUUUUUUUUUUUUCUUUCUUUUUUUUCCCUUGGUACGUUUGAACGGGAGCUACAAAUCACGGUGUUUGAGGUUUUUCUAUGUAAUUUUUGAAUUGAAUGGAGUGACCUGCUUUGGUUUGAUUUGGUCGCGAGUUUGAUCGGUAUGGUGUGGAUUCUACGGUUUAAGGUUCAAGGUAUUUUUGUGGGGCUUUAUAUUUUGUGGGUGUUUAUGUAAAUAUUAGGUUUAGGUUUUUGAAGUUUUCCUGUUCUUUCAAGGUUGUUUAGUGGAGGAUUCAACAGUUCAACUUAUUCUAGUGUAGUCUUUUUUGGCGUUUUGCUUACUCUUUUUAUACUUGGGAUGCUUUGGAUUAUACCUUGUAAUUCGAUCGGCCUUUGCUGUAUCGAGGGCUCAAAUUUUGAUUUAAUUUAUCAGGUAAUAGUCUGAUUGGAAGGACUCGACAUUUGUUUGCAUUUACUUGGAGAAGGAAUUAGCUGUCGAAAGAAAUCAUCUUUUCCUAUUGUUCGUUUGCACUGUAUAUAGGGAAGUGUAUUACUGUGUAGGGUUCAAAUGGGUCAUGAGAGAUAAGGAGUAAAAAAAUACUAUCAAAAUAUGUAUAGGAACACACAUUCAAAGGGAAAUAAUGGACAUUUAUAUAGCGAAGAGUCAAUUUUCGGCCACAAACCCUUAGUCAAAUGGGAGAGAUAAAUAUGUAUAAAAAUUGGAGGAAUAAGUACCAGAUGCUUUUAGAGGCUUUUCAUGUAUAAGUUUUGUCCAUUUUUUGCUAUUUCAUCUUUGAAGUUUUACUUUUUAUUUCGUCAUAAAUUUCACUUCAAUCGAUAGUAGUCGACCCCAACCCUAGUACUCUUGCCUAGGUAUGAUAAGUCGUAACUAUGUUUUCUUCCGCAGGUCAACUUGCCCUCCAUUCCAAGCCAUCUUGCCGCCUUGUCAGCCUAUUUCUAUUUUAUUAAACUUGAAACCUUUAACCUUUAACCUUUCGAAGAUGGGCUUAGUGGGCGACAAAUCAAGGGGUAGAAGAAAAGGAAAAGAGCUGAAAGAAUACGAUGAAGAUGACCCUGAAGAACACCACCACAAUCCAUUCCUCUCUACUUCUAGCAUCACCAAAUCAUCUCUAUCGCGGCCUCAAUUCAGAGAAGAAAGGAGGUAUCACGGGCUCGAUGGGUCGAGGAGAUGGGGAUGGGAGAAGUCAUAGAGAAGAAGGGCAGCAUGUGGACAACUACUGGAGUAGUUCGGAAUGGCAAGCUCUAUUGCCUCAUCGAAGAAAUAGUGUUUCUAGCUGAAAGAGGGGCAUUAGUUCUGCUCGACAAUGAUGAUACAAGCGUAGAGCUAGUCGAAAUGUACCAAAAGGUUGCUGAUGGAAAGUAUGGGUGCUCUUGGGAGUCCUUUGAGGCUUACAGACACUUGAAAUUACUUGGGUACAUUGUCGGACGUCAUGGUCUUCACUGGACAUUGAAGCAUGAUAUGAGCUUGCGUGCUUGUAGUUCUUGGUUGAACACUGAAGAUAGAGAUCAGAUUCCAGAGCGGGAGACCGAAGAUGACAUUCUCAUUACACAUAUGCUUGACGCUAUGCAAAUCGCUGAGAUAUAUCCAGCCUUUGAUGUGUAUUUACCAAACAGCAAGUUUAAAAAAUCUCUGCCUGGAGACCCAAGUUUCAUUCUUUGUCUACUCAGGGGCGAACCUCCCUCGGAAAAAGCAGUCGAAAAUCUUGAGAAGAAGUGCAACGACAUUCCCCUCAAAUUCUGCGACGUCGAUCAUGGGCGUGUCAGCUUCUUCUCCUUCAACAAAGUGGCUCUUCCUUCAUUACCAUGAUGAUGCAUUGCUGUGUAAAAAACCAGCGGAUGCUUGCUGUGCAUUUCCUUUUAUGUGGUUGUAAACACACUUGUAUUUUAUUUGCUAGCAUUUAUGUAAAUUAAGAGAAUGGUUGUAACGUUUUGUUCAUAUCCAAUCCCGAAUACUUAUACCAAA